UUGCUGGACCACAAAGAACACAAUCGCUUCGGCUCGCAUGGAGACCUUUCUCUGUCUGAGCGUGUUUCUUUAUUUUUAACCACGGGUUACGUGUGGAAAAUAUUUAUUGCUAUUCACUUCUGGUGUUUUAAAGAGUUGCUCAAACGAGGAUAAAGGAAGAAGGCGGAGAAAAAAUGUUUUGGACGCGCCCUGUGCUUUUUUCCCUCGUGAUUUGUUACGGACAGCUGGUUUCAGCCCAGCUGAAAUAUUCCACCGCAGAAGAGGUUAAGGUUGGAUCUAUUGUUGGGAAUGUUGCAAAAGAUUUGGGCCUCGACAUCGGCACUUUGACGAGCAGGAUGUUUCGCCUUGUGUCUGGCGCACAGGACGCGCUGUUUGAGGUAAACCCGAACAAUGGGCUUCUGUUGGUGCAUAAACGCCUCGAUCGCGAGCAGCUGUGCGACAAAAGCGCUGUCUGCGUGAUGGAUCUCAAAAUUGUUGUUGAGAACCCACUGGAGAUCCACUAUGUCUCCGUGGAAGUGACAGAUGCCAACGACCAUGCACCGACCUUUGCAGAAAAGGGGAAAAUAAUAGAAAUAGCAGAAAGUACUUUAUCUGGUGUACGGUUUCAGUUGCCAGGCGCAAGAGACCCUGAUGUUGGAAUGAAUUCAAUCCAGCGUUACAAAUUGAGUCAGAAUGAUCAUUUUCAACUUGAAAUUCGGGAUAGAGAUGAUGAUAAAAUUCCAUUUUUAGUGUUGCAAAAACAGCUAGACAGGGAAGAGAAAGUGAACCAUAGCUUAAUUUUGUCUGCUAUAGAUGGAGGGACACCAUCUAAAUCUGCAAACCUUAAUGUGACGGUACGUGUUCUUGAUGUCAAUGAUAAUCGACCUAUUUUUUCCAAUGAAGGAUAUUCUGUUGUACUGAAAGAAAAUGCAGCAUUAGGCACCGCUGUAAUCAGAGUGCAAGCCACUGACCUGGAUGAGGGAGCGAAUGGGGAGGUGGAAUAUGAUUUUGGGGGGGACAUGAAUGUAGAGGUGAAGCGUCUUUUCAGUCUGGACAAAAUAUUGGGAGUAAUUCGAGUUGAUGGGCAAAUUGACUUUGAGACAUACAAUGUUUUCAAGUUAGAUGUGCAGGCUUCUGACAAAGGUCAGCCUCCCAUGACAACAGACUGCAGAGUCAUCAUAAAGAUUCAAGAUGUGAAUGACAAUAAACCCGACAUCGAAGUGACAUCAAUUACUAGCAUGGUGCCAGAAGAUGCAAAACACGGGACUGUGAUUGCACUCAUUAGUAUCACCGAUAAUGAUUCAGGCCUUAACGGUAAAGUUAUCUGCAGUCUAACAGAAAAUGUGCCGCUUGAAUUAAAGCCAUCAUUCAAGGAAAAUAUGUAUUCCUUAGUGACAAAAGACACUUUAGAUAGAGAAACGAAAUCAAGUUAUGACAUAUCAAUAACAGCGACUGACUGUGGUGAACCUGCCCUUUCCACAUUCAAAACUGUAAACAUCCAGGUAAAAGAUGUAAAUGAUAAUAUCCCAGAAUUCCCACAAAAUCCUUUAGAGUUAUAUCUGACAGAAAACAAUGAAGCUGGUGCUUCCGUCUUUUCGGUGAGUGCCUUUGAUAAAGACUUAGAUGACAAUGCUGCAAUAUCUUAUUAUAUUGUCAGACAGGGGGGUCAUACUGAUAUGACAUCUUUCCUGAAUGUCAAUUCAGAAAAUGGCCAAAUAUCCGCACUGAAAAGUUUUGACUUUGAGACGCUGAAAAGUUUCCAAUUCCAAGUGGUGGCCACCGAUGGUGGAAGUCCUCCACUGAGCAGCAACGUGACAGUGAAGGUGUUCAUUCUGGAUCAGAACGACAAUGCUCCAGUCAUCCUGUAUCCAGUCAGCACGAAUGGUUCUGCCGAAGGGGUGGAGGAGAUUCCCCGCAACCUGAAAGCAGGAGACUGGGUGACUAAAGUCCGAGCCUAUGACGCCGAUAUCGGAUAUUCACUCUCGGCAACAGCGACUGUGACCAUCAAGCUCGUGGAGCCCAAAGAGGCUUUUGCAGCUUCCGACAUCAAAAGUGCAGCAAAAGUGGACGAGGAGGACAACGUGACUUUUUAUCUCAUCAUCACUUUGGGCUCGGUGUCGCUCCUUUUUGUCAUCAGCAUCAUCGUGCUGAUCGCCAUGCAGUGCUCCAAAUCCACAGAGUACACUUCCAAAUAUCUGCAAGACGCCAAUUAUGAUGGCACGCUGUGUCACAGCAUCCAGUACAGAUCAGGAGACAAGCGCUACAUGCUCGUCGGACCCAGAAUGAGUAUCGGUUCGACCGUAGUCCCGGGCAGCCACGCCAACACUCUGGUGCUCCCUGACAGGAGACACACUUCCGGGGAGGUUUGA